AUGGCGCUGUUAUGUUUCUGUCAUAUUUAUCAGAGGGUGGUUUGGAUCGUUGUUUUCGUGAGGAACUAAACAAGAAUUGUAUGGGAAAAUAAUUUAAUUUUAUAUAAUGGCGGCACAACGAGCCCUCCCGCAAAGCAAAGAAGCUUUAUUGAAGUCGUACACGACGAGAUUAAAGGACGAUGUGAAGUCAAUGCUGGAAAAUUUUGAAGAAAUAAUAAAAUUAGCCAAAGGAGAAAGUGAUUCACAAUUAUCUCGGAUGACACAAUGCGAACAGGAUACGUACGAAAUGCACGUUAGAGCAGCUAAUAUUGUACGUGCCGGAGAAUCUUUAAUGAAGCUCGUCUCAGACAUAAAACAGUACCUGAUACUCAACGAUUUCCCGUCGGUAAACGAAGCCAUAGCACAAAAUAGCAAAUUAUUUAGGACAAAACAAGCGGAAUGCGAUCAAAAAUUAGCUUCGUUAAGGGACGAUAUGGCCGCAGAUUUAUACGACCUCGAAGAAGAAUAUUACACGUCGAUAUACAAAUAACAUAGGCCUUAGUUUUGCGAAGAUGUGCAAUUGUGUACUCGUCGUUUGGACCAUACCUCGAUUACAAAAAAAAAAA